AUGGACAAGAUGAUUCAACAACCUCGACCGAGAGGUCCGCCUACGCCAAGCAUGAGUACGCCGGCUCCAGAUUUCGAGCAGCAAGUCACAGGAUCUCCUCCUCCACCACCCACACCAGCAGCCUCUCCGGGACCGACGGAUGCGCAACCUGACUGGAGUGACGCUGCUGACGAUGAGGACUUCUUCCUUGCCCAGGUGCGACAACACUUCAAGAACUGUUCCGGGCGACAUAGGAAUCGGAUUCUUGCGGAUAUGUUGAAUAUGUGCACAACUCAACAGCUCAGUUUCGUACAUCAAUUCGUGAGCCCCUUGCUGAAGAAGGAUCCCUUCACCAGUUUGCCAGACGAAUUAUGUUUGAGAAUAUUGUCGUUUAUCGAUGAUCCACAGGUACUUGCGCGCGCGUCUCAGGUUUCUAGGAGAUGGAGGGAUCUUUUGAGCGACGAUGUAACAUGGAAAAAUCUAUGUGUCAAGCACGAUUAUAAUCGUCGUCUUUCUGAAGUCUCCUACGGAAUCCCGCCCUAUGUGGCGACUAGGCCCGGUGCUUUGCCUCUAGCCGAUCCCGAAUACAUUCACAGUUUCCCGGGAGCUCUACCUGGGCCCUCGUUUCAUGCGUCUACUCGCAGCUUCGAUAAUUUUGCGGAAGGUUCGUCGGCAGGAGGACGACCCAAACUCCGAUCGUACAAGUCCCACUUCAAGCAGAGAUAUCUCGUCGAAUCGGCAUGGAGGACAGGUGGGCGUAACACCACAAGAACAAUCACCCAGGACGGCAGGGUUGUGACUAGUCUGCACUUAACCCCGAAGUAUAUUGUUGUAGCUCUUGACAAUGCGAGGAUUCACAUUUUCGACCGCGAAGGCAAUGCUCUUCGCACUCUCCAGGGUCACAUUAUGGGUGUUUGGGCUAUGGUUCCGUGGGAAGAUAUUCUGGUCAGUGGCGGAUGCGAUCGUGAUGUGCGAGUAUGGGAUAUGACGUCUGGGAGAUGUUUGUACACUCUGCGUGGCCAUACAUCGACCGUCCGCUGCCUUAAGAUGUCAGACGCCAAUACAGCGAUAUCGGGCUCGCGUGAUACCACCCUGCGAGUCUGGGACAUCAGACAAGGAGUUUGCAAGAACGUUCUCGUCGGACAUCAAGCGAGCGUGAGAUGUCUGGAAAUAAAGGGCGACAUCGUCGUCUCUGGAAGCUACGACGCGACAGCCAAAAUAUGGAGUAUCUCCGAAGGUAGAUGUCUUCACACUCUUGGCGGCCACUUCAGCCAGAUAUACGCCAUCGCCUUCGAUGGCCAUAGGGUUGUUACCGGAAGUCUCGAUACUAGCGUCCGUGUUUGGGACGCUCAUACAGGGGAGGCUAUCGCUGUACUCCAGGGUCAUACUUCACUAGUGGGACAGUUGCAACUGCGUGGUAACACCCUCGUUACGGGAGGUUCGGACGGAUCGGUCAGGGUUUGGUCCCUCGAGAAGAUGUGUCCAAUCCAUCGAUUGGCAGCGCAUGACAAUAGUGUCACCAGCCUGCAAUUUGAUGACACUCGUGUAGUAAGUGGCGGUAGCGACGGUAGGGUCAAGGUCUGGGACGUAAAGACGGGCCACCUCGUGAGAGAACUCAUCACAGCCGAAUCUGUCUGGAGGGUAGUUUUCGAGGACGAGAAGUGCGUCGCAGUUGCGAACAGGGGAAGUAGAGUCAUGAUGGAGGUCUGGUCAUUCUCGCCUCCGGAAGACGCCUUCUGCGAGAGACCACUUUCUCUGCCUCAGAAGCUCGCCGAGCCAUCGCCAACUCGGCCUCUGACGGGCGAUUUCCGUCGUUCUGCGCUGGGUCUGCCUGGCUCAGACGAAGAUCCCGGUAGCAGAGACGUCGACAUGAGCGACGCAGGCCCCUCAACUGCGCCACUUGUUGGGAAUACCACAUUCUUUCAUGACGACUAA